GAUCUGUCUGUCUGGGUUUCACCCAUCACAUCUUCAUCACAUUCGGACGUAUAUCAUCACUGUUUUCCAUCACUCCUGUCACUGUCAUCGCCUGUUUUUCGAUCCAGGAUACUUAUCUGCCUCUUUACCGUCGCGUGGUCCACUAUCUGCGUUUCCGCAGCAGGUUAACGUGAAUAAAACACCAUGAACACAAACAUCAGUCACAACAAUGUUAGCAUUACGGCUAGCCAAUUAGCAAGUUCCUGCAGGGGAGGAAAAAAGUGGAUUAAGUUUUGUUUAAAGAUAUUACAGCUCGAGCUAGCUAAGGAUUUAGUUGCGUAGUCGUGGAUAUCGGUCAUAAUUGAUGUGUUUUGAAUGAAAUAGUGUUAUUAAACAUAACAGAUCAGGUCUGUCAGUGCUGACAGGCUAUCUGAGCUCGAAGACUGCCCAUCAAAAAGAUUAAAAAGCGUAGUUUGUUUACUAAAAUGAUCCGGAAAGAUAAUAAACGUUUUAUUUGAGUCAAAUCACAGAUGGGGAGAUGAAUAUAUAAAACAAAAUGGACAACAGCUCGACGACUUGUCCGUUUGACACACAGGCCUACAGUUCGACAUUUAAGCGGAAACGGACGGUGGAAGAUUUCAACAAGUUCUGCACUUUUGUGCUCGCAUAUGCUGGUUAUAUUCCUUAUCCACAGGAGGAAGCACACUUGAGAAACAGCUCUAGUCCUCCCAACAGCACCGGCAGCACCGCAGACAGCGACGGAUGGGACAACCAACGGCUGGGCUGCGGCCUCUCGUCUCCAGACGAGCCCCCGCCCAAAAACCGCAAGAGCUUCGCCGGAUUCAAAAGACCCACGAGCGAGGAUUCCGAGCCUCAGAAGCGUCCGAAAUCAGCAGGCCUUCUCCUGGAGGGCCGAACGAAGGCAGACAAGGUGAAAAAGAAGAAGAAGAAGCUGAGGAAGGAUAAGAAUGAGGAAUUGAGAUCUUUCACCCCAUUUACUCCUCCCAGUGCCGAAGGUGAGAUCUCCAAUUAUGGAUGUACCAUUAAAGAAGAACCGGAAGAUUACCUCAGCAUCCCCGUACCAACCGAUGACAUGGGUGAAGACCAGCCUACGCACAUUGGCACAUCUUCAAAACCUGCCCCGAGUUCACCAGGCCCGGCAAUGUGCAAAGAGGAGCCUGAUGUUGGCCGUCCUUGCUGGAACGGUUCUAAAAGUUCAAGUCCAAAGUCGGAGGAUUUCGAGAAGCCCUUAGAACCUCAAGACGAAGCAGUUGUCUUGAAAGUAGAAGGUUUUUCUGGUAAAAGGACUGUGGUCCGCCAGGGGAAACAGGUGGUGUUUAGAGACGAGGAUGGAUCGGGGGAUGAUGAGGACAUCAUGGUGGAUUCAGAUGAUGACUCUUGGGACCUAGUUACGUGUUUCUGCAUGAAGCCAUUUGCCGGGCGGGCGAUGAUUGAAUGCAACCAGUGCAACACCUGGAUCCACCUCUCAUGUGCCAAAAUCCGCAAGUCCAACGUCCCCGAGACGUACAUCUGCCAGAGGUGCAAAGACUCAAAGUUUGACAUUCGCCGCUCCAAUCGCUCAAGAGUGGGCUCUCGAAAACACCUUCUCGACUGAUGACGCUCUUCUCGAUCUGCCCAUCCACAUAUACAGAAACUCAUAAAAUUGUCUUCAAGACGAGACUCAAUGAGUUCUGAAGAGGAAGGGCUCAGUGACCUGCUUGCGUCACGUUUUUUUGUUUGUGUUUUUAAUAUUUCUCACCUUCCUAAAUGUUUGCGUCAGGCAAUCAAUACUAGGAUGAUGCAUUAACUGGAGCAGAUUUCUGCCGGACAGACGGACAGUUGGAGUUGUGACGGUACACAGCUGAAGUUGUGCUGGAAAGACGGGACUGCCGUGUCGGAUUGCACUUUUUUAAAAACAAAGGGGUAGCUAGAGAUUCCCCUUUGUACCCAUAGCUUUCAAAAGUAUGUCUAUUUGUCAAAGUAUGUAUAUUAUAUAAAAAAUAACCGUAAGAUAUUAGUGUUCGAAGUGUUUAGACUCAUCAUUUUGUGUGGAUCUUUUCUGAGACCCCCAAAUGUGUAUGAGGGAGUUCUGUUUGUUGGAUAAUGUUGAACGAACUUUUCAGCAGCAGUCACUGAUGACUUGGAGUGACACAUCAGAAACGGUUCUUGCUACGUUGUGGUAUUUUUUUUAUUUUUUUUUGGCGACAAAUUGCAGAUAAGAGACUAUAUGUGUCAUUUCUAUUUCUUGAUUUAUAAAUCCUGAUAAUUACUACAUUUUCUGCCCUUCGUUGAACAGGAAACUUUUUGUUUGCGUGUUGUAAUGUUUAACUAAACAGGUUGUUGUUUUGUUUUUGUUUUGUUUUUUCUCCAACAUGAUGUUUAAUAUGUUAAUUAUGUAAAUUAUGUGAGUCAUUACAGGUUGGGAAAGGGGUGGAUAUUCUUACUGGGUGAAUCCCAGAAUCUCACAAAAACAUAUCCAGGUCUCAUUUCACCCCAUAGUCAUUUUUAAAAGAAUUUAGCCUUUAAUUUUCUUGUGGAAAUAGUAUUAAUCUAAAUUCUGUGGUAAAAUAUCACUUGGGCAUGUUCUUGUCAGGUUUUGUGAGAUUCUCUGUAUUGCCAAAGGGAAGAACAUUUUUGCCGUAUGUGCUGAAAUGCCAUGGCUUACUUAGUAGUAGUCAUAUUUACAUUUGAAACACUGUACUGGUAUUAUUUGAUCUACAAAUCUUGGGUUUUCAAAACUUGGCAAAGCUUGUAUUCAGAGGAAUCACUCAUAAGGGUGUAAUUCUUGUUAACCACUGGGACCGGUUUAACCUGGUUGAUAAUCGAUGAGUCUGUUUUCAUGUUCAUAGGCAUGCUCAGAUAAAAAUGUGUGAUUGUGUCCUAUUAGCUGGUCCACUCCCAUCACAAAAACCGUAAGUUUGUUUCUUGAAGACAUUUUGUAAAAAAAAUUUUAAUCUCAUGUGAGUUGGUUUUCAUCAGCAGAAUGUACUGUUCUGAUAGAUGAGAUAACCACUGCGGAGAAGAUAAGAUAAAUUAUUUGGCACCUUUAAUAUGAAUAUUUUGUAUAAGUUAGAUUUCCAUUUUCACUACUCUGCAUGCUUGACCAUAAAACCCUUUUCCAUUUUUAGACUAAGCCAUAAAAAUCUCAGUCUGUGAUGUUUUUCAAGAUUUAUCUUGAAGAAAAACAGCCCAAUAAUGCUGAUAGUUCAUGAAAAUAACUGAUUUUGUGAAAUUGUCCUGGACUUUAUUUCCUGAUGAGUCAGUGGACAGUCUCCACAGUGUUUUUUUUUUUUAAAGCAUAUUAAAGCAGGACACUUUCUUUGUAAACAUUUGGUCUUCCUGUCAAAUGACAAUUUGGGAAAGUGUAAUUUGUAGGCCUAGUAUGAGCAAGCUAGCUUUUCAUUGUUUUGUGGGGAAAAAGUGUCAUUUGUAAAUUGAAAUGCUUAUGUUCAUGCUUUCUUCCUUUUUUUUUAAAAAAAAACAAAUUAUCAAGGGAUCAUGGAUGAUGGUUCUGUACAUUUUGUUUUGUACAAUCAUAAUGUGUUCAUGUAGUAUGGCUGAUAUUUCAGGGCUGUUUGUGUGCAAGAAGAACUGCUAAAGUUUGAGAUCACACUGUUACGCUGAGUCCAAUGAAAAGAAAGAGAGAUGUUUCUGUGAAACUUCAUGUAAACCGGUGUAAAUAAAGAGAUGACGAUUUUAA